UCUGCGCUCCGACGCUUGGAAGCCUCUGGAGUCUAAAUUUCCUCGCAUUUUACGCCCACCUUUUAAACCCUUCCCCACCGUGGAUUCGCUUUAGAGAUAGGUUGGGGGGCGGCGACAGAGACAGGGAAGACGAAGAAGAGCAGAGAUUGCGGAAGAGAUGGCAGUGAGCGUCGAGAUCCCGAGGGAGUACGGAUACGUGGUGCUGGUUGUGGUUCUUUACACCUUUCUCAACUUAUGGAUGAGCUUCCAAGUCGGCAAGGCCCGGAAGAAGUACAAGGUGUUUUAUCCCAACCUCUACGCGAUUGAAUCCGAGAACAAGGAUGCCAAGCCCUUCAAUUGCGUCCAGAGGGGGCAUCAGAACUCGCUGGAGGCGAUGCCGGUGUUCUUCGUGACGCUGUUGGUUGGCGGGGUUCAGCACCCUAUAAUCGCUGCUGGGCUGGGUGUCCUUUAUACGGUCGCCCGAUUCUUCUAUUUCAAGGGUUAUUCCACCGGAGUCCCAGAUAAUCGUCUCAAGAUUGGGGGAUUUAACUUCUUGGCGCUGUUCGGGCUCAUAAUCUGCACCGCUUCGUUUGGAAUCCAUCUGCUCAUCCGAGAAGUGCUGUGACGUGGGUGAGAUAGAUUUGGUCUGUGCUUUGGUUCGCUUUUUUUAGCUUGUGUUCAUGACCUCACCAUGGGCGAAAAUAAUGGAGGCUUGGCUAAACUAGGGGUGUUGCGAUCGGUUUUAAAGUAUUAGGGGACUGUAGAUUUCUUUGGCUUUGCUUUCUGCGUAUUGAAGUUAUGUUUCAAAAUAAAUUGCGGCCUUCCAUAAGAGCGGAUCAUUCGGAGUAAAAAAUUAUUGGCAGUCCUUGC